AUGUCUAUGAUGUCACACGCAAUCCCCGUCGUUAUCGGCGUUGGCGACAUCAAGAACCGCUCAAAUCGCUUGGAAGAUGCAGCCGAGCCUUUGGAGCUUAUGCUACAGGCCAUUGCAGCUGCUCUGAAAGAUACUGGUAUAUCCACUCAAGAUGCACAGAGUCUCCAACAGAGCAUUGAUAGCAUCUCCGUCGUGGCCAAUUGGACGUGGCCCUAUCCUAAUACCCCAGAGCUCCUGGUCAACAAAUUAGGCUGCCAAGCUACUUAUCUUCACGAAAGUGGGCAUGGCGGCAAUGCGCCGGCCGAAUUGUUUGACGAAGCAAGCCGGCGUAUCGCCAGCGGACAGAGCAAAGUCGCCGUCGUCACGGGUGGAGAGGCCCUUGCAUCAUUGGGUGCAUUUCAGGCUGCGAAGAAGUUCCCUCCUCCGGAUUGGACGCAUGUGGAUGUUACUACCUCUAUUUGGGAACGGACACGCAAGACUAAUUUGGCCACUAAGUAUGGACUCGGGCUGCCGAUACAGGUUUAUCCAAUGUACGAAGCUGCCCUCCGUGCACAUCGAGGACAGAGCCUGGCCGAGAAUCAUCGCGAAUCGAGUGAACUCUAUGCAGAGUAUUCGCGUGUAGCGGCAAAGAACCCUAUUGCCUGGACCCAUGGGAAGGAGCCCGACACGGCAGAGACUAUUGGCAAGAUUACGAAAAGAAACCGAAUGAUCUGUCUGCCUUAUCCUCUGGUGAUGAAUGCAUUCAACACGGUGAAUAUGUCGGCAGCGUGUAUCAUCACUUCGCUUGGGCAUGCACGACAACUGAGAAUCCCCGAGUCUCAAUUGAUAUUUCCUCUUGGAGGUGCAGGUACUCAUGACCAUGAGCAUUUCUGGGAGCGUAGCUCGUUCCAUGCCAGCCGGAGCCUGUCUUCUUGUCUUGAUGCGACCCUAGCCGUGUCAAACGUGAAAACGGAGGACAUUGAUUUGUUCGAUUUCUAUUCAUGUUUCCCAAUAGUUCCAAAGUUGGCCUCUCUGCACUUGGGAAUCCCGAUCUACGGCGGCAAAAAGCCGACGACUCUGCUCGGUGGCCUCACUUCCUUUGGCGGAGCUGGUAACAACUACUCUAUGCAUGCUAUCACGGAGAUGGUUCGCCAGCUCCGGCAAGGUAAUGACCGCAUCGGUCUCGUCCUUGCUAACGGAGGUGUUCUGUCCCAUCAUCAUGCAGUGUGUCUGUCUCGACGGCCACGAUCCGACGGUGCCCCUUAUCCGAACCGAAACCCUCUUCCCCAGCAUGUGAGCGAUGCUCAGCCGCCUAUUGCCGAAAGGGUACAAGGAAGCGCGAGGAUUGAGACAUACACGGUUCAAUACGAUCGCGAUGGGUCACCUCUUGCGGGUUUUAUCUUGGGUCGCCUGGAUGAGAAUGGCUCUCGAUUCAUCGCUGUCACAACUGAUGGUUCCACUUUGAAGGAGCUUGGUUCAGCAAGUGAGCAAGUAGGAAAGCCAAUCUGGGUGGACUCGGACCGGGACACAGGGAGAAACACAUUCAAAAUCGUGGGCUCUAAGAUUUAA